AUGGAGGAAGCCGGCGGACGGCUGGAGGUGGUGAUGUUCCCGUGGCUGGCGUUCGGGCACAUGCUCCCGUACCUCGACCUGUCGACGCGCCUGGCGGCCCGCGGCCACGCCGUCGCGUUCGUCUCCACGCCGCGGAACCUCGCCAGGCUCCCGCCCGUGCCGCCGCACUUGUCGGGCCGCCUCCGUCGCCGACGAGCACAAGGUACCCUGCGCAAUAUUCCAGAUCGUCCUGGGCUCCUGGCCGGCGUGGCCGCCUUUAUGGGACCGCGAGGGGCGAACACGGCGCACCCGCGCACGACGUUGGAAGACUUCAUUGUUGCGCCCGCAUGGUAUCCCUUCCCUUCCACCGUGGCAUACCGCCGCUACGAGGCCGAGUGGCUCGCCGGCUCUUUCCGGCCCAGCGCGUCCGGCGUUCCCCACAUGCAUCGCAUGUGGCAGAUCAACGAGCGUUGUCGCCUCACCAUCUACCGCAGCUGCGACGAGGUCGAGCCCGGGGUGCUCGCCCUCCUCAGCAACCUCUACCAGAAGCCUUCCAUCGCUGCCGGGGUCCUGCUGCCCCCUCCGGACAUCGGCGUUGCUAACCGCGGUGUCCGCCCGGAUAUGUUUCGCUGGCUGGACGACCAUCCCCCAAAGUCCGUCAUCUACGUCGCGCUCGGAAGUGAGGCACCGGUGACUCUAAAGAACCUGCACGAGCUCGCGCUCGGGCUUGAGCUCGCCGGCGUGCGCUUCCUCUGGGCUCUCCGGUCGCCCGGCGCCCCAUCCGACUCCGGCACCGGCGUGGACGACCACGGAGUGCUGCCCGACGGGUUCGAGGAAAGGACGCGUGGCCGCAGCAUGGUCGAGACUGGGUGGGUGCCGCAGGUGAAGGCGCUCGCCCACGGCGCGGUGGCCGCGUUCCUGACGCACUGCGGUUGGGGCUCCACCGUGGAGAGCUUCGCGUUUGGGCACCCGCUGGUGAUGCUCCCGUUCGUCUUAGACCAGCCGCUCGUCGCGCGGACCAUGACGGAGAAGGGCGUCGGCGUGGAGGUGGCGAGGGACGAGGGCGACGGCUCGUUCGACAGGGACGGCGUCGCCGCGGCGGUGCGGCGCGUCAUGGUGGACGACGAGGGGAAGGUGCUCGCGAGCAACGCCAAGAAGCUGCACGAGGUUCUCGCCGAUCAGGAGCGGCAGGAAUGGUACAUCGACGACGUUGUCAAGCACCUGAGAUGUUACAAAGAUGCAUAG